AUGUUGAAAAUAGCUAGAAGAUGCUAUGCGACAACGUUUCGUGCAGGACAGCCAAUAUUUGAAACUCGCCCACAUCUUAUCAAAGCAGGAGACUUGACCCCGGGCAUCUCUGCUGUGGAGUACUAUCAGCGUCGAUUGAAACUAGCCGAAAAGCUACCAAAGGGCUCCUUGGCGGUUUUGCCCGGGUCCUCUGUCAAAUAUGCAUCCGGAUCAGUUUUCUACCAGUUUCAGCAAAACACAGACCUCUACUAUCUUACUGGGUGGAAUGAGCCUGAUUCUGUCGCCAUCAUUGAGAGACCAGAAGACUCAGACGACCCACACGACCACAUAUUCCAUAUGGCUGUUCCAGAAACCGAUGCGGCAGCUGAACAAUGGGAAGGGGAGAGAACUGGUGUCGAAGGAGUGCAGGAAAUAUUCAACGCCGACGUGGGAGUGAGUGUCCAACACUUCCCUGCCCAUUUGGAUAAACUAUUGAGAAAAUACAAGGAUAUUUAUUACGACAUUGGAGGAGCCAGCGGUGCUAGUGGAAAGUCGGUGAACUUUUUCGAACGCAUGUUCCCAUCAACGGUCUUGAACGACAACAACAGGCUUACGAAUAGAGCCAACAUCGAAGAAACUCUUCGUAAACAUUCCAAAUUAGGGUUUUCCAUCCAACCACUAUCUCAUCUAAUCACCGAUUUAAGAGUUAUCAAGUCUAAUGCAGAGUUGAAGAUAAUGAGAUUAGCAGGAAAAAUUUCUGGCCGUGCCUACAAUCAAGCAUACGCCCAGAGGUUCAAGUCUGAGAAAGGCUUACAUUCUUUUCUUGAGUACAGAUUCAUUAGUGGGGGGUGUGAUAAAUCAGCGUACUUCCCUGUCGUUGCCGGAGGAUCGCAUGCCUUAUGCAUCCACUAUGUCAGAAAUGAUGAUUUGCUCAAAGAUGGUGAAAUGGUACUUGUUGAUGCAGCUGGUAAUCUUGGUGGCUACUGUGCCGAUAUCUCGAGAACUUGGCCUGUUAACGGAACUUUCACUCCAGCUCAAGCAGAACUCUACGAAUCUCUUUUGAACGUUCAGAGAAGAAUCAUUCGUGAAUGCAAAGUUAGCAGGGGACACAGCUUGAAUGACCUGCAUAAUUUGAGUGUAGAUUUACUGACCCUGGAGCUAAGAAACGCUGGUUUUCAAGACGUGCAAAGCUGGGAAGUGGCCAAAUACUUGUACCCACAUUACAUUGGACACAACCUUGGUUUGGAUGUUCAUGACUGUCCACUUUAUUCACGGAGUGCUAAGUUGAGAAAAGGGCAAGUUGUCACCGUGGAACCAGGAGUUUAUAUUCCAGAUGAUGAACGUUGGCCAUUAGAAUAUCGUGGAAUGGGCAUUCGUAUAGAAGACGAUGUUGCUGUUGGAGAUGAUAACAAUAUCGUUUUGACCGCAGAAGCAGCUAAAGAAAUAAUAGAUAUAGAAAGCAUAGCUUCUAGUGGGGUCACAACAAAGAUUGAAGAUGAAGUGGUUGAUAUUUAUAGCCUGUAA